UGGCAACUUUUUCAAUUUGUUUGGAUUUCAGAGGUUCGUGAUAGACGAAAUUUGGUUAGGAAAUUCGUGGCCUUAUUACUACCAAUAUAUUUUUAAAGCUGCGUUCUAAAUCUGCUUGAAUUUAUUGCAUUUCUAUUAUUUUUUGAUAGAAAAUGCCAAAGUAUUAUUGUGACUAUUGUGAUACCUACCUGACCCAUGAUUCACCUUCAGUGCGUAAAACACACUGCAAUGGGAGAAAGCAUCGGGAUAAUGUAAAGUUUUAUUAUCAGAAAUGGAUGGAGGACCAAGCUCAAUAUUUAAUUGAUGCUACAACUGCUGCAUUCAAAGCAGGGAAGAUUCAAUCUGCACAGUUUCCCAAUGUAGGGAAGCCUGCUGGGGUAAUGAUUCCACCACCUGCAGGUCUUCAAGGUAUUAUCAAUACGCUUUAUUGUUCAAAAAAAAAUUUUAAUUUGUAAAUAUUUGGCUAUAUU